AUGUCCAACAAUAUCCCCACUCGAUUCCCUGACCUUGCUCCCAAAGGUCCCUCUGGUGAACUUCUUUUGGCCGCUGAGCGUGCAAAGACCAGUUUCGAUGUUAAGGACCUGUCCAGAUUCAUGUACACAAAGAAGUGGCUCGACAAGAUGACCCAGAUCACAGAGGUCCUUGAGUCCGAGCCUGCAUUCGAUAAGACCAACCGUUACUACCAAAGUCGCGAAGAGAAGAUCUCUACCUCUCUCUGGAAGGACAGACGUCUGACCGAGUUGGUAAAGGAGCAAAAGUGGAGUGAAACCGAGACACAAAUCGCAAACUUUUUGUUCGAUCAAUCAACUCCUUUCACUCUCCACUACAACAUGUUCAUCCCUACCCUCAGAACCCAAACAACCGACGAACAGAAAAAGCUCUUUUUGGAGCCCGCACUCAAGCAUCACAUCAUUGGUUGUUAUGCUCAGACUGAGUUGGGUCACGGAUCUAAUGUCCAAGGUCUUGAGACAACCGCUACUUACAUUCCCGAGACAAACGAGUUCGAAAUCCAUUCACCUACCUUGACAUCAUCCAAGUGGUGGAUCGGUGGCCUUGGUAAGGCUGCCACACACGCCAUUGUCAUGGCUCGUCUUAUCACAAACGGAAAGGACUUUGGACCCCACCCCUUUUGUGUCCAGAUCCGUAGUCUUCAGGACCACCGUCCCUUGAAGGGAAUCACUGUUGGUGACAUUGGUCCCAAGUUUGGUUUCAACACCGUCGACAAUGGUUUCAUCAUGUUCGAGCAUUACCGUAUUCCCCACGUCGCAUUCCUCGCAAAGUACUCCAAGGUUAAGGCCGGAAGUGGAGAAUAUGUAAAGCCACCUAAUGCCAAGUUGUCGUACGGUACCAUGGUAUUCGUCAGAGCCAACAUUGUUAUGGGCUCUCGCUUUGCUCUCGCCAAGGCUACCACUAUUGCCAUCCGUUACUCUGCUGUUCGCCAGCAGUUCGUGGAUGCUGCCAACCCUCGCAAGUGGGACAACAAGAUUAUCGAGACUCCUGUCAUUGACUACACCAUGCAGCAGUACCGUCUCUUGCCCGCUGUUGCUGCCACAUAUGCCUUCUUCUUCACUGGCCGUGAGAUGCUCCGUCUCUACGACCUGAACCAGGAAGCCAUGAAGAACGGCAACUUUGACCUCCUUGCCGAUCUGCACGCCAGUUCGUCUGGUCUCAAGAGUUUGACUACCACUAUGGCCAUCAGCUCUAUCGAAGAUUGCAGACGUGCCUGCGGAGGCCACGGUUACAGCAACUUCUCUGGUCUUGGCCAGUUCUACCAGGACUACCUCCCCAACGUCACCUGGGAAGGUGACAACUACAUCCUCACCCAACAAACCUCCCGAUACCUCCUCAAGACAUUCCGCAAUGUUGUUGCCGGAAAGGCUGUGCCAUCCGAAUACAACCAAACCAUCACCUACCUUACUCAGUAUCUCGAGAACCCCAAGGCCAAGUGCCCUGCCACAAAACCCGCCGAUUUCCUCAACCCUGAGCUUAUCUUGUCCGCAUUCGGUUUCCGCGCUGCCUAUGGUAUCGCACAGGUUGCCGAGCAGAUCGACCGUCACGGCCGCACCUGGAACUCGAUGUUGGUCGAGAUUGCCAGAAUCUCAAAGGCUCACUGCCAGUUCGUCCUCGUCCGAAACUUCAUCAUCGGUCUCCAGGCCGAUGCCUCGCUCUCUACCCCCGAGCGCCGCCCUAUCUCAAACGUCCUCAAGACCCUCAGUGCUCUGUUCGCUCUUUAUACCAUGGAGCAGGAGUUGGCCGAGUUCUUGUUGCCCGGCUAUCUGUCUUCCGAACAGACUGCCAUGCUCAAAGCCCAGGUCAUUUCAUUGCUCGACGAAAUCCGCCCCAACGCAGUCGGACUUGUUGAUGCCUUUGCUCUUCCUGAUUACUUCCUUCACUCUGCACUUGGUAAAUACGACGGUAAGGUCUACGAGGCCAUGACCCAGAUGGCCGAGAGAGAACCCUUGAACCACACCCAGGUUGUCCAGGGUUACGAAGAGUGCAUCAAGCCUCUUAUCUCCCAAGGUCAGGCCGAAGGUCGCUGGAGACAGGAUGGUCUUCUCCAGGUUGCUUCCAAGUUAUAAGAAAAAAUCAAAAUGGUGCCGAGUAUUUAUUCAUUUCUGGGAAUUCAGCGUUACACCGUUAAUAUGAUAUGCCCUGAAGUCAACAAAACAAACUUAUCAAAUUACACAUAGAUCUGCACAUAGUAAAUAUAGAUCACACAAUACAAUACAAUACAAUACAAUACAAUACAACACACACACACACACACACACACACACACACACUAUCCCUCUUUUAUUUUUCAUUUUAUAUACACGACCUUUUUUUACCAUUCGUUUUUUUGUAUGUUGUGCCAUUGGUUUAUAUAUUUCCUUGGCUACAAGUAAAGUUUUAUAUUAGUUACUUUGCAUUCUGGUUUAUAGCAAUAAUAAUAAUAUUAUUAAUAAAUAUAUAUAUAUAUAUAUAUAUAUAUAUAUAUAUAAAAUAUUACAAAAGC